UGCAACUCGGGCACUCAAUGUCCGAUUGUUGGACCUGGAACAGGCUAUACCAGGACCAACUGCUGGAGCUUCCAGCAGUGCACCCUCAAGCCGCCAACUGGAGGACCGCGUUGACCACGUAGUGGCAAUGCUCGGCGACAUCAGCACCUUCGCUGCGCCGACCACCACCAUCAGCAGUCAGCUGCAUACAUUGAAGACCGAGGUCCAGAAGCUGCAGUCGACGAACGCGGACGACAAUCCGAAGAUGUAUAAGAUGCCAACUUUCAACCUGGAGAGGUUCGACGACUACACGCAGCAGGAUCCCGUCCUCUGGUGGGAAGCAUUCACAACACAACUCAAGAUUCUGCCAGUAGCCAAGCAUGCGUACAUCGGCGCCAUGCUCCUGAACUCAAAGGGCGGAUGCCAGACCUGGUUGAGCCACCUGGCAACCUCCCACGGCGUCGACGUACCAGACUUGAAGGACGUGAUCACAUGGGAGGAAGUAACACGGUUGUGGAAGAAGCGGUUCAUCGUCGACGACGCGGACUUUCUCACGGAGUGGCAGAAGAUUGCGGCUGUGCCCAAUCUGAACCUACCAUUUGAGCAUCUACGCCGUGAGUUCUACAACAGGUCCUGUGCGGCAUUGAGCCAGGCUCUUGGUGAUCGCGAGCAGUACUCAACCUUCGCGGAGAUCAUUGACAAAGCAAGGGAGAUCAUCAAGACCAACAGGUCAGCUGCACACGAGAAAUCAACAUGGCAGCCGACCUAUGUGGAGAAGGCACGAACUGGUCCGCGACAGCAGCACUUCGCUGCAGUCCAGCAGGACAGUGGAGAUAACCCAGCAGCCACUCCAGUAUCAAGUGACGGAGAUCAGGUGGCCGCUGUCCAGUCGCGAAGCACCAACAAGUCCUGCAACAAUGGGAAGGCGAAAUCCGCACCGCAGGCCGGAAAUGGACAGCCAGGACAGUUUCCAUGGGUCAAGUUUGGCUUGACCGAGGCGGAGUACAAGACCAAGUACAAAGCAAACCGCGACAAGUGCGAGUUCGCACAGCAGGAGCUGGAGUACUUGGGACACUAUGUGACGCCGCAAGGCAUCCGUCCGCUUGCGGACAAGAUCGAGGCCAUCCGCGUAUGGCCCGAGCCCACCAACACCAUGGACAUUCAUUCAUUCAUGGGGUUGGCAGGCUAUUAUCAGCGUUUCAUCACCGGAUACUCAAGGAUUGCCGCACCUCUGACGAGACUACAAUCGCCAAAGGUGCCAUUCGUAUUCGAUGACGACGCGCGCCAGGCUUUCCAAGCACUCAAGACGGCCAUGCUCAUGGCACCCGUCCUUAGCAUCUACGACCCCACUCUACCUACGAGAGUGAUGACUGACGCUUCCGGUUACGGCAUUGGGGCAGUCUUGGAGCAGCACGACGGCGAGGAUUGGCACCCUGUGGAGUAUUUCAGCCACAAAGUGCCUCCCAUCAAUUCUCUGGAUGAUGCAAGGAAGGAGCUGCUUGCGUUCGUCAUGGCUCUCAAGCGAUGGCGACACUUCCUUCUUGGGCGUCGUAGGUUCACAUGGGUCACGGACAAUAACCCAUUGACCUACUACAAGACGCAGGACACGGUSAGCAGCACGAUUGGACGGUGGAUGUACUUCAUCGACCAGUUUGACUUCACACCGAAACACGUUGACGACCUCUCCAAUCGCGCAGCAGAUGCACUUUCGCGAUGACCUGAUCUUUGCGCUAUGACGCAUCACGCCUUCGCGUUCGACGAGGACCUUCAGCGACACUUCAUCAGGGGCUAUAACUCUAACCCAGAGUUUGCUAUGUUGUAUGCGCAGCUAUCUUUGGAUCACCCGCCGGCCAGCCACUAUCGCAUUGCCGACGGGUACUUGCUCCUCCACUCGAGAGGCAAGGACUUACUGUGUGUCCCACGCGACCGCCGUCUUCGGACUCGCCUUCUCGGCGAGUAUCAUGAUUCGCGACUCGCCGGCUAUUUCGGAG